UUGAAGACAUCUAUCCCCUGCCACAAUGCUCCGUCAGGUUAUCACGAAGUCUGCUCGUAACUCUGCUACUACUACAGCUUCUGCCACUUGUGUCGCGCAAACGCGAUCGUUCCAUUCUCCUUUCACUGUGCUCUCUGGUGCGAAGACGCCGUCCAACACUGCUUCGAAGUCGAAUGCGAGCGCACAGUACGAAUUGGCUCAGGCGUACGAAAAGCAGGCACCCUCACAUGAAUACGACACGGCAACGGCUUUCGAGGAGCCUAGUACUGCUAGUGAUCGUCCUUCCGGCUGGACGCGUUUGCACGUCGUGUGCGAUCCGGAUCCGUCUCAUGCGCCGUUUGGCGUGAAGAGUGGGGCGUAUCCCGUUAGCGAGCCGUUUGCGAAUUAAUUCAACGACAACUACAAGGGAUUAAUAAUGUGAGCGGUUUAUAUCCGUCCGUCCUGUUCGGUGUGAAUGGCGAAUAAUGAAGUCGAUGAAUGUGUACGAUGUGAACUAUACUGUCAUUUUCUUCUUCUUGAUAUUUGGUCUUUAUCACUUCGACUUCUCCCUUGCUAUGCUUUGCUCCUUCCAAGCUAUUUCUGUUACGUGUCAUUCAACUCGAAGCCAGAAGAUAAUAGUAAUAAUUCGAAAGUGACUUGUACAAAUAUUUUUGUGUUUCGUCUCUUGCACUCCGUGUACACUUUCGAGUUUCUCUCCUAGACUGAUGCAGAAUAAUAGUUAAUUUGGGUUGUACGAUGUAUUGCUCCUUAGAUGAGAUGAGAAGAAAG